CCUGGCACCCGAACGCAACCCGCCGAGGCCGGGCGGCUUCAGGGGGAGGCGCCAACUCGUCGCUGCGCCGGGCCCCCGACCGAGCAGUAACGGCGACCCAGAGGGCGGAGCGGAUGCGGCUCGGGCCUGCGCUGAGUCACAUUAACUUUAUCCUAGAAGACAAUCUUACAAGAAUCUAGAAGGAACAGGAUUAAAGAUGACUGAACACAGGGCUCCAGAAAUUUAAAACAGUCAGCUUAGCAAGUCAUAUACUCUUCAGUGGAGCUGAGAACUGCUAAGUCUGCUCUUCACAGUGAUUUGGAACUUUCCAAUCCCAGGGAAAAUUUGACCAAGGGGACUGCACAGGACUGAGUCCAUAUGGAAGAAGAGCUUUCCCUUUCCUAUGGAGAAAGUGGCAAGACUGCAAUGUACAUCACUGUCUCCCCUGGUCCUCAGGCCUUUGGACUCACUACAUUAUGCUACCAGCUCUCCUGGGUCUCCAGCUUGCAGAUGCAGAUCAUGGGACUUCUGAGUCUCCAUCAUCUUCCAGUACAGGCUACUCUAUCAUCUUUGAAGAUGUUAGAUGUGGGAAAGUGGCCAAUUUUCUCCCUUUGUUCUGAGGAAGAACUGCAGUUAAUUCGUCAGGCCUGUGUCUUUGGCAGUGCUGGCAAUGAAGUUUUAUAUACUACAGUAAAUGAUGAGAUUUUUGUGCUUGGCACAAACUGCUCUGGUUGUUUGGGAUUAGGUGACGUCCAGAGUACCAUCGAACCUCGGAGACUGGAUUCUUUAAAUGGCAAAAAAAUAGCCUGCCUCAGCUAUGGGAGUGGCCCCCAUAUUGUCCUUGCAACAACAGAAGGAGAAGUCUUUACCUGGGGUCAUAAUGCUUAUAGCCAGCUAGGCAAUGGGACAACUAAUCAUGGUUUAGUGCCCUGUCAUAUUUCUACUAAUUUGUCAAACAAACAAGUCACUGAAGUUGCCUGUGGGUCUUACCAUUCUUUGGUGCUAACAUCUGAUGGAGAGGUAUUUGCCUGGGGUUAUAACAACUCCGGGCAGGUAGGAUCUGGAUCAACAGCCAAUCAGCCGAUCCCUCGAAGAGUCAUGGGCUGCUUACAGAAUAAAGUAGUUGUGAACAUAGCAUGUGGGCAGAUGUGUUCAAUGGCAGUGGUGAACACUGGGGAGGUCUAUGUCUGGGGUUACAAUGGAAAUGGGCAGCUUGGACUUGGCAGUAGCGGCAACCAGCCAACUCCCUGUAGAAUAGCAGCUCUGCAAGGCAUUCGUGUCCAGCGGGUUGCCUGUGGCUACGCACACACAUUAGUGUUAACAGAUGAAGGCCAAGUGUAUGCUUGGGGUGCAAAUUCUUAUGGCCAGUUGGGCAUUGGCAAUAAAAGUAACCAGUCCUAUCCUGCGCCUGUCUUCAUGGAAAAGGACAGCAGCUGCUGCCGUCAGCCAAGCCCGUGCCCCACCCCUGACUUCCCGUGCGCUGCUAGGUGCUCCAGAAUUAUAGAGAUCGCGGCCUGCCACUCCGCGCACACGUCGGCGGCCAAGACCCAGGGCGGGCACGUGUACAUGUGGGGCCAGUGCCGGGGCCAGUCGGUGAUCCUGCCCCACCUCACCCACUUCUCCUGCACCGACGACGUGUUCGCCUGCUUUGCCACGCCUGCCGUCUCGUGGCGCCUCCUGUCCGUAGAACCCGACGACCACCUUACAGUGGCCGAGUCGCUCAAGAGGGAAUUUGACAACCCCAAUACGGCCGACCUGAAGUUCCUGGUGGAUGGAAAGUACAUUUAUGCACAUAAAGUCCUUCUCAGAAUUAGGUGUGAGCAUUUUCGUUCUUCACUGGAAGACAACCAGGAUGAUAUCGUAGAAAUGAGUGAAUUUUCGUAUCCUGUUUACCGAGCCUUCCUGGAAUACCUAUACACGGACAGCAUCAGCCUUCCUCCGGAGGAGGCAGUAGGGUUGCUAGAUUUGGCUACAUUUUAUAGAGAAAAUCGUUUGAAAAAGCUCUGCCAGCAAACUAUCAAGCAAGGAAUCUGUGAGGAGAAUGCCAUCGCUCUGCUUUCGGCUGCCGUGAAGUACGAUGCUCAGGAUUUAGAAGAAUUCUGCUUCAGGUUUUGCAUAAACCAUUUGACUGUAGUAACACAGACUUCAGGCUUUGCAGAAAUGGACCAUGAUCUUCUCAAGAACUUUAUCAGCAAAGCAAGCAGAGUUGGAGCCUUUAAAAAUUGAUCCUCACCUGCAAGAAAUAAUUUUUAGCAUUUCCAUUUUCCCUGCAAAAGCCAGAGAAUAACUUCUCCUUAAUAGUAUUUAUGAUGAGCUACCGUUGACUGAAUACUUACGUUCUGUCGAAAGAAGGCGGUUGUCAGUCUGCCCCAUCAGCUGAAAUCUGAAGUUGACGGUAGAAAGCAUUCAGUGCUCUGAUCAGAUGUGACUAAGCCCAAGGGAAAAAAACUGAAAUGUCUUAUUUACCAUUUCCUCUUUCGAGUCACUUAAGUUGGACACUUUUGGUACAUUGGUCUAAGUAUAUGCUAUUCUAGCCAAAUUUUCAUUCUUUCAAAAGCUGGUAUCACACAGAAAGCUUGACGAGGAAUGCUGUCAUAACAUAUUGUCAGCAUCCAGCACAGCGCCUUCCAUACUAAGUAGGCACUCAGUUAAUUUCUUAUAAAUCUGAAGCAUGCCCUUAGAACAGCUUUAUUUGUGGGAUACUAGAUGAAGGAAUAACUUGCACAAAAACAAAUUUGAAAUAGCCUGUAACAAGUGAGGUUCGUAUUCUUCUGGUAACUGGUUCUGAGUCAUAGUGACUAACUAUGAGCAUUAAUUAAAAUCCACAAACAGCCUUGGCAAAUAAUUGUCAGAGUCCCAAGGGCUAAUUUUAAUUUCCUGUUUACUCUGAGUCAUUAAUUUCUCAUAUGGGAUUAUUGAAUAUGAAGUAUUGUCUCUGAAUGAAUGUUAUUUCUGGGCUCAUCUGCCUUAUAUAAUUGCAUUAUGUCUUUCCCUUUUGUGUUAAGAGAGAUUUGCCUGUGUAAGUAAAGAUGAUUAUGCGUUUCUCUUGUAGUUGACUUUUAUGUCACUAUAAAACAGUUCUCUUAACCUGGCACAGAAUAAUUAUGAAGUGCUAGCUGAAAAGGAUCUCACGCAUUUCAUGGACAGCAUUAACAAGAAUGAGAUAAAUUUAUACUUUUUAGAUCAAAACAAGUUACCCAACUGCAAGAAAGAAACUGGAACGGGAUGUAGGAUGUAGCGUCAGAUUCCUCUAAUACGUGGUUUCACUAUAUGAUACGUGUUUCACAAUAUAUUACGUAAAGAAAAACUCUUUUGGAAUUAGAAACCUUGUUCUGAUGCUGAACCAUUUGAUAAUAAAGUGCUUAUUUGCAGAUA